AAUACACGAGGAAUUUAUCAUCCUGUUAUUACUCUUUUAUUAUCAUACUCGCGAAAUACAUGUAAAAAAAAUUCUAUCAACAGACCAUUCGCGAACUCGUUCUCUCGCAAUUUGACAUCGACGAGUCAUUUUCCGGUAUUAAGUACUCGCUUUAGUAGAAUAAGGAAUAUACAUGAUUUGAUUCAUUUUUUAUUUUGCAAAAUCAACUUUUCUGUUUUUUAUAUGUCUACUUUAACAUUGAGGAUUCCCAUCAAAGUCUUUGUCAGUAUCGUUUUGUGUUCAAUUGAUAUGUUUUUAUUUUGGAAAACCAUGUGAGGAAAAAAAAGAAAAGAAACUGUCGUUUAUUAUAGGAUGUGUAAUUUGCCGAGUGCGUUGUCCUGAAUUAGAUGUCUUUUAAUUUACUUUUGUUCGCUUUAGUGACAGUCGAAAGUUGUACUAAUUCGGAACUCAAGCUGCAUCUCAUGAACGCUUCCGAAGAAGGUCUCGUCUUCAUUCAAGGUCGCGGGAGUGCUUGUAAGCAUACAACCACUAAUACGCCACAGCAGUUGACUUUCGAUUUCGGAGUGUGUGAUAUUCAAUAUCGAAGGUAUGGACAGCACAGGGGUUAAUAAAACGGAGAAACCUAAAGCACGCAUGCGCGUCUUUUCGCACAGCGUUGACGUCAGUAAAGGAGUCGUGACCCUAAAUGACCCCCUCGGAAUGGAAAUCAAGCUGGAAGAAGAUUAUCAAGAUAGUUUUGACAUUCGAGCCAAAGACUGCACUGCGGCUGUGAUACCCAUCAUAAGACACGAAUGCGCCCCGGAUUUGGAAUUGUUUCCAAACUUUGAGAAGAAGAACAGAGGGGCGCUGGAAUCUAACUUCCGGGCGUUCCAACCUACGAACCUUAAUGGCGAAGCGGAGGCGGAUGUGAUUUUCACGUGUCAGCUGUCUGUGUGUCGUGGAGACUGUCAACGGACUCACUGCUCAGGAAAUGCGAACAAAAUCAGAAGAGCCGCUGACGAGGUCAACGAGAUAACAGUGGGAACGCGAAUCCGCGUGAUUUCACCUCUACAGAAUCAAACAUUAGAAGAAAGAUUCUUCCCCAACUUGUGCAUGGAGAGGUUGUUUGUAUACCUUAUUGCCAUUCUGGUCGGGAUCGUGAUGCUUGGCUCAUGGGCAGCGAUUGGCUUCCUAGUAACUCGUCUGGUUAGCAGUGGUAUUAAACCGGAUCUUGAAGUGGCUAGAUCGGUUGGACGACGGUUGUCAUCCAUUCUCAACCUACCCCAGGGUUACAACUUUAAAGACCCGAAAAGGUUUGGCUGCAUACCGGAAGAAGAAGGAAUGACUCCUCCGCAGCAAAGACGAAAAUCUGUCACGGUCAUGCAUGUUGGGGCCAUUGAUGCGUGAAAAAACGUUUCUAAGAUAUGCAGUGAUGUUACACGCAGUUAUAAUCUCAGAAAUGUUCUGUGUCUUUUUUGUCAUUAAAGGUCCAUUCUAUGAAAA